AUGAAGUUUCAAUGGGUCCUGUUGGCAGGUCUAGCUUCGAAAGCUUUGACGUCUCCAACAAAAAUGGCUGAUCCCUACCUGAACGUCGAAGUGGACAAGCCACCAGAAGGACAAGAAUGGGAAGAUUGGCAUAUGCAACAUGAGCAUCAAAUGGAGAAAUACGAUCCAGAAACGUUUUUUGCGCUACACGAUAUCGGCAAGAAGGGCUAUCUGGACAAGAAAGAUGUUCUCACGAUGUAUGGGCUGGAUAGAGAAGAAGUAGUAGGUGCAGGCGACGGGAUGGGUUCGCACGACAAUUCAGAAAUGAUCGAUGAGACUUUGGCAGACCGAGUUGUACAGCUUAUAAUGGCACUUUUGGACGUUGAUGACGACACUAAGAUUGAGAAAGAGGAAUACAUGGCGUUUGCGAAACGGGGCAAGAAAUUCCCAGACUUGGGUGUCGGCGUCGGCCACCAUUCGGAUUUUGAGCUUGAAUACGAAAUCCAUCACUGGAACAAGUAUCACAAGGACAAGGAUCCGUAUGUGAAAACCGUUCACAAGGAAGACAUAGAACACGAACUCUUACAUCAUGAGCAUGAGAUCGAGCAUGAGGAGCAGAUCCAGAAGGGCGCUUCGAGAGCAACCGUGAUAACAAAUGACGAAUUAGAGUCAAGAAUCGACUUGAGCAAAGUGCCCAGCAAGUACAGAUUGGGCCUUUCGUGA